CACUCCAACUGCUCUGGCACCCAGUUACUGGCACUCCAACUGCUCUGGCACCCAGGGACUGACACUCCAGCUACUCUGGCACCCAGGGACUGGCACUCUGUCCUUUAGCUGCUCUGGCACCCAGGGACUGGCACUCUCUCCUUUAGCUGCUCUGGCACCCAGGUACUGGCACUCCAUCUGCUCUGGCACCCAGGUACUGGCACUCCAGCUGCUCUGGCACCCAGGUACUGGCACUCCAUCUGCUCUGGCACCCAGGGACUGGCACUCCAGCUGCUUUGGCACCCAGGUACUGUCACUCCAGCUGCUCUGGCACCCAGGUACUGUCACUCCAGCUGCUCUGGCACCCAGGGACUAGCACUUCAACUGCUCUGGCACCCAGGGACUGUCACUUCCAGCUGCUUUGGCACCCAGGGACUGGCACUCCAGCUGCUUUGGCACCCAGUGACUGGCACUUCAUCUGCUUUGGCACCCAGGGACUGGCACUCCAGCUGCUUUGGCACCCAGUGACUGGCACUUCAACUGCUUUGGCACCCAGGGACUGUCACUCCAGCUGCUCUGGCACCCAGUGACUGGCACUCCAGCUGCUUUGGCACCCAGUGACUGGCACUCCAGCUGCUUUGGCACCCAGGGACUGGCACUGUCAUGGGAUUCUGAUACUCAAAGGCUGGGAUUCUCAACUUUUACUGGUGUGGUACCCAGCAUCUAAAAUUUUUGUACCCAGGGUCCGGCUGGCACUCUGCCCUUCCCCCUGGGCUCCACCAUUCCCUCUACCAGUGGCAGGGAGCAGCUGGCCCUGGUGCCCAGGGUUGUGUCCUUAAGGUGGGUGGCCCUGGUGGCCCUAGGGGUUGCCAUGCUGCUAGUUCUGGUCAUUGUGAUCCCACUACUGGUACUGCCCCCACCCGGGGAGGGUCACUAUGAAAUGUUGGGAACUUGCAGAAUGAUCUGUGACCCCUACAGCGGGCACCCCUCCACUGCCAUUGGGGAGGCUCUACAGGACCUGAGUGGUGCUCCCCCACCCUUUAUUCAGGGGCCCAAAGGGGACCCAGGACGGCCCGGAAAGCCAGGAGCCAGGGGCCCCCCUGGAGAACCUGGACCACCCGGACCAAGGGGCCCUCCAGGAGAGAGAGGGGAGCCGGGCAAAGCUGGAAUUCCAGGACUGGGUACUUCAAUGCCGGGCGCUGUCUCUGCCACCCUCCCAUCUCCCCGGAUAGCAUUCUAUGUCGGGCUGAAAAGCCCCCACGAGGGUUACGAGCUGCUCAAGUUUGAUGAUGUGGUGACCAACCUGGGGAAUCACUAUGACCCCUCCACGGGCAAAUUCACCUGCCAAGUGCCCGGCAUUUACUUCUUUACCUACCACAUCCUCAUGAGAGGGGGAGAUGGCACCAGCAUGUGGGCAGAUCUGUGCAAGAAUGGGCAGGUCCGGGCCAGCGCUAUUGCCCAAGAUGCGGAUCAGAAUUACGACUAUGCCAGUAACAGCGUGGUGCUGCACCUGGACUCUGGGGAUGAGAUCUACGUCAAGUUGGAUGGAGGAAAAGCCCACGGGGGUAACAAUAACAAAUACAGCACCUUCUCGGGCUUCAUCCUAUACCCAGACUAAUGGUACCCACCUGGCACUGCCAACACUGCCACCUAGUGGAGACAGAAACCACGAGACAAACAUACUCAGACUGAUAUGGACUCAUUUGGGGCUUCAUAUUCCUAUUGUGACUAGCAUAGAACCCCAGCCACCCAGAACCCUACUCACCCGCCAUAGAAACCCGGCACAUCUGCUCCAGAACCCUCUCAGCCACCAUAGAAACCCUGCACAUCUGCUCCAGAACCCUACUCACCCGCCAUACAAACCCUGCACAUCUGCUCCAGAACCCUACUCACCCGCCAUACAAACCCUGCACAUCUGCUCCAGAACCCUAUUCACCCGCCAUAGAAACCCUGCACAUCUGCUCCAGAACCCUACUCACCCGCCAUACAAACCCUGCACAUGUGCUCCAGAACCCUACUCACCCGCCAUAGAAACCCUGCACAUCUGCUCCAGAACCCUAUUCACCCGCCAUAGAAACCCUGCACAUCUGCUCCAGAACCCUAUUCACCCGCCAUAGAAACCCUGCACAUCUGCUCCAGAACCCUACUCACCCGCCAUACAAACCCUUCACAUCUGCUCCAGAACCCUAUUCACCCGCCAUAGAAACCCUGCACAUCUGCUCCAGAACCCUAUUCACCCGCCAUACAAACCCUGCACAUCUGCUCCAGAACCCUAUUCACCCGCCAUAGAAACCCUGCACAUCUGCUCCAGAACCCUAUUCACCCGCCAUAGAAACCCUGCACAUCUGCUUCAGAACCCUACUCACCCGCCAUACAAACCCUGCACAUGUGCUCCAGAACCCUUCACCCGCCAUAGAAACCCGGCACAUCUGCUCCAGAACCCUAUUCACCCGCCAUAGAAACCCUGCACAUCUGCUCCAGAACCCUACUCA